AUGAGGCGGUUCCUACGGCCUGGCCCUGACCCGGAGCGGGAGAGGCUUAAGCAGGAUCUCUUCCAGUUUAACAAGACCGUGGAACAUGGCUUCCCACACCAGCCAAGUGCCCUGGGCUACAGCCCCUCCCUGCGUGUGCUGGCCAUUGGCACUCGCUCCGGGGCCAUCAAGCUCUACGGCGCCCCUGGAGUGGAGUUCAUGGGGCUGCACCGUGAGAACAACACCGUGGUGCAGAUCCACUUCCUGCCUGGCCAGUGCCAGCUGGUCACCCUUCUGGACGACAACAGUCUGCAUCUCUGGAGCCUGAAGGUCAAGGGUGGAGUGUCAGAGCUACAGGAAGAGGAGAGCUUCAUACUACGCAGCCCCCCAGGGGCCGCCCCCAGCGCCACACAGAUCACCGUGGUCAUGCCCCAUUCCUCCCGGCCGCUGCUCUACCUGGGCACCGAGAGUGGCAACGUGUUCGCGGUGCAGCUGCCAGCCUUCCGUGUGCUGGAGGACAGUACCAUCAGCUCGGGCGCUGUGCUGCAACGAUUACCAGAGGAGGCCCGUCACCGGCGAGUGUUUGAGAUGGUGGAGGCUCUGCAGGAACACCCCCGAGACCCCAACCAGAUCCUGAUCGGCUACAGCCGGGGCCUCGCUGUCAUCUGGGAUCUGCAGAGCAGCUGUGUGCUCUACUAUUUCCUCAGCAGUCAGCAACUGGAGAGCGCCUCCUGGCAGCGUGAUGGCCGUCUGAUUGUCAGCUGCCAUUCCAAUGGUAGCUACUGCCAGUGGCCCGUGUCGGGUGAUGCCCAGCAGCUGGAGCCCCUGUCCAACUGUGUGCCUUACGGUCCCUUUCCUUGCAAAGCUAUUACCAAAAUCUUCUGGCUGACCACCAAGAAGGGGUUACCCUUCACCAUCUUCCAGGGUGGCGUGCCACGGGCCAGCUACGGGGACCGCCACUGCAUCUCAGUGGUCCAUGGCAGCCAGCAGACGGCCUUCGACUUCACCUCGCGGGUCAUCGACUUCACUGUCCUCACAGAGGUGGACCCGACAGCUGCCUUUGAUGAUCCCUACGCCCUGGUGGUGCUGGCCGAGGAGGAGCUGGUCGUGAUCGAUCUGAAGACGGCAGGCUGGCCAGUGCUGCAGCCGCCCUACCUGGCCUCCCUGCACUGCUCGGCCAUCACCUGCUCGUACCACACAUCCAACAUCCCCCUGAAGCUGUGGGAGUGCGUCAUCGCCGCCGGCAGCCGGCAGAGCGCACACUUCUCCACCAUGGAAUGGCCCAUCGACGGCGGCACCAGCCUGGCCCCACCCCCACCACAGAGGGACCUGCUGCUCACGGGGCACGAGGACGGCACGGUGCGGUUCUGGGACGCAUCGGGCGUGUGUUUGCGGCUGUUGUAUAAGCUCAGCACCGCACACGUCUUCCUCACUGACACAGACCUCAAUGAGAACCUGCACCCCGAGGCCGAGGACGACUGGCCACCCCUUCGGAAGGUGGGCUCUUUCGACCCCUACAGUGACGACCCUCGGCUGGGCAUCCAGAAGAUUGUCCUCUGCAAAUACAGUGGCCACCUGGCUGUGGCGGGCACAGCGGGACAGGUGCUGGUGAUGGAGCUGAACGACGAGGCGGCGGAACACACGGUGGAGCAGGCGGAGGCCGACCUGCUGCAGAACCAGACGGGCUACCGCUGGAAGGGCCACGAGCGCCUGUGUGCCCGCCCGGGGCCCCUGCACUUCGAGCCUGGCUUUCAACCCUUCAUGUUGGUGCAGUGUCAGCCCCCGGCCGUCGUCACCUCCCUGGCCCUGCACUCGGAGUGGCGGCUCGUGGCCUUCGGCACCAGCCACGGCUUUGGCCUCUUCGACUUCCAGCAGCGGCGGCAGGUCUUUGUCAAGUGCACCCUGCAUCCCAACGACCAUCUGGCCAUGGAAGGGCCCCUGUCCCGCGUGAAGUCCCUGAAAAAGUCCCUGCGCCAGUCCUUCCGCCGGAUACGCAGGAGCCGGGUGUCUGGCCGGAAGCGGCGGCCAGCUGGCCCCUCAGGGGAGGUGCCGGAGGCCAGCGCCAGAGUGGAGCGCGUGGGUCUCCAGAACAUGGAGCUGGCGCCCGUUCAGCGUAAGAUCGAAGCGCGCUCGGCGGAGGACUCCUUCACUGGCUUUGUCCGCACCCUCUACUUUGCUGACACUUUCCUGAGGGACAGCUCCCACCACUGCCCCUCUCUGUGGGCCGGUACCAAUGGCGGUACCAUCUACGCCUUCUCCCUGCGUGUCCCCCCGGCUGAGAGGAGGACGGCCGAGCCUGUGCGGGCGGAGCAGGCCAAGGAAAUCCAGCUGAUGCACCGGGCACCUGUGGUGGGCAUCCUGGUGCUGGACGGACACAGUGUGCCCCUCCCAGAGCCCCUGGAGGUCGCCCAUGACCUGUCCAAGAGUCCUGACAUGCAGGGAAGCCACCAGCUUCUGGUCGUGUCCGAGGAGCAGUUGAAGGUGUUUACACUACCCAAGGUCAAUGCCAAGCUGAAGCUAAAGCUUACGGCCCUGGAGGGCUCUCGGGUGCGGAGGGUCAGCGUGGCCCACUUCGGUAGCCGGCGGAACGAGGACUACGGGGAGCACCACCUGGCCAUCCUGACGAACCUGGGUGAUGUCCAGGUGGUCUCCCUGCCCCUGCUCAAGCCCCAGGUGCGCUUCAGCUGCAUCCGCCGGGAGGACGUCAGUGGCAUCGCCUCCUGUGUCUUCACCAAAUACGGCCAAGGUUUCUACCUGAUCUCCCCCUCGGAGUUUGAGCGCUUCUCUCUCUCCACCAAGUGGCUAGUUGAGCCGCGGUGUCUGGUGGAGUCGACAGACGCCAGAAAACACAACUGCCCCCACAACGGGGGAGGUCCUGAAACAACGAUGACUCCAGCCAGGAACUCAGGGAGCCAGAAUGACCAAGAGGAGAGAUCGCCGGGCUUGGUGAUGGAACACGCACUGCUCAAUGACGAGAAGGUCCUGAGGGAGGUCCAGAGCACGCUGGAGGCCGGCCGAGCGAGCCAUGGAGAUUGGCAAUCUCACAAAGUGGCAGUGGGGCACAGGCUCAGCAACGGAGGAGGGUUCGGGGGCGAGGAGGCAGUGUCUGACCCCAUCAUUCAUGACCGCUCUGAAUGUGUCCCUCCAUUUCUCUUAGCAGAAUAA